AUGAGCGCUAUCGAACAUCACGAAGUCACAUAUGCCGGCGGUAUUAAGAAGAUCCACUACCUGGCUACUGGCCCGACCGACGGCCCACUGAUCCUCUUUAUCCACGGAUGGCCUGCUACUGCCAUCACCUGGAAGGCCCAGCUAGAGGCUUUCGCCUUGGUCGGCUUCCGAGCCGUUGCUCCCGACAUGCCCGGCUAUGGCCAAUCGACUGCUCGUCGCGUGGCCGAUGACUACUGCCAAGAAGCUCUUGUAGAGGGUAUGAUGGCUCUGUUAGCCGACACCGGUCGCAAGGCAGCCGUCUGGAUUGGCCAUGAUUGGGGUUCCGGUGUGACAUCUUCAGUCGCCGUCCAGCACCCCGAAGCCGUCAAGGCGCUGGUGAGCAUGUGUGUACCAUACUCGACUAUCGAGCUGGGCUGGGAUGGAUUCCUGCCUUUUGUCAACCGUGAGAUCUACCCAGCCGAUGAGUACGAAUAUGGUCAAUGGGAUUAUAUGAAGAAUUACGAAGAGAACUUCGAGAAAGCAGUUGCAUGGUUUGACAGCGAUAUCGCUGGUGUUUGCAAAGCCUUCGCGCAAAAGACAACCACCAAACCGAAUCGAAGUGCUCCUACCCCAACAUCCAAAGUACGCAAAAUUGGCUGGAUGAAUGGCCUCCCCAAGCCCCCGAGUGUGGAUGUAUUGCCACCUGCGCCUAUCUCAGACGAUGUCUUGGAAUCGUUCACCAAGGAUAUGCAGAAGACAGGGUUCUGGUCAGGCUCUGCCUACUAUCUGCAUCAUAAACGCAAUGCGGAAUAUAAUGGAAGUCGAGAGAGAAAGCUGAAACAGCCAGUGCUGUUCGUGCAUGCUCAAUGGGAUUUGGUGUGUGAAACAAAGGAGUCGCGGCUUAUGGAAGGCAUGAGAGAGGCUUGCUCAAACUUGACGGAGGUCACAGUUGAUGCAGCUCAUUUCUUGUAUUUUGAGAAGCCUGCGGAGGUAACCGCGGCCUUGUUGAGGUUCUUGGUGCAGGAAUUGCCGGAAGAGUGGCCUGGAGCUUCAGAAAGUGGUUAUAGCAAGACCAAAGCUGUCUUGUAG